AAUAUUCAAUUGGCUGUCUUCAACUGAACGAAAUAAGAAUAAGUAAAAGAGUACUUUUUUUGACAUUUAUUCAGGUGGGUCUAAUUUCUUAUCUAAUAUCUUAUAUAAAAGUAAUGACCCGGAUAGUAUAUCAUUUGUUUUAAAUGCUUAAAAAUAGAUUGCUAUUAGAUAAGAGGUUGAUAUAUUUAUUCAACUGGCGUUUAUUUGCAAUCUACUUUAGAUAAACUGCAAUUAAAUUAAUAGAAAGAAUAAAUGUUGGAUAUCCAUAUCGGAGACUGACUAGAGUAGUAAUUAAUCCAAUAAAUUAUACGGCAAAGGUAAAAAAAAGUUUGCAAAACAAAAAGAAAAAAAGACAUAGAGAGUGAAAGGGAGAGAGAGAGAGAUAGAUAGACAGAGAGAGACCGAGAUAGAGAGAAAGAAAAAGAGAGACAUAUACAUAAAGGAAAAAAAGAUAAAGAUCAAUAUCUUAUUGUUCCUUCAUAAAAAUUUAGUAAUUUGAUAAGGUUACUUUUUCUUUUCAUUUGAAUUUUAUAUCUAUACUGUUGUUAUAACAUUCAUCAAUAUGUUAAUUAUCGUUCUACAGUAUACAAACCCAUUAUUUCUUUAGUAUAAUUUUUAAUAUAUUCUUUAAUUCUUUUAGACAAUGGGAAGUACUAAUACCAAAGUCACAUCAGGAGUAAAAGCCCAAGCAGCCGGUAUAACUUUUGAUUUAUAUUCUUUGGUCAACGUCAAAGGAGGCGGUGAACUUAUCGAUUUAAUGAAGGAUGCAAACAAAAGUCGAAAUUAUAAAGAAUUGGAUAGAAGGAUUAUUGAGGGUGUAAAACCAUUUUUAUAUAAUGAAGGUCGUGGAAAAAUUGUUGAUAUAAGAGAGAUUUUAGCGUAUAGAAGUUGUAAAGCCUCUCCAGAAAUCAAUUUUGAAAUGUCGGACACCGAAUUUAUAAAGGCUAAUGGCUAUCAGACAAAAGAAAUCUGUUGGAAAUUGGAUAAACUUGGAGCAGUUGGGGAAACAAUAUUACAUACUUGUUUAUUAAGUUCUACAGCGUCACACGCUGAUUUAGCAAAACGUUUAUUAAAACAUUUUCCAAAGUUGAUUAAGGAUAUGUACCUGAGUGACGAAUAUUACGGAGAGAAUGUCCUUCAUAUGGCUAUUGUAAAUGAGGAUCCUGCCAUGGUUAAAUUCCUUCUAGACCACGAGGCUGAUAUACAUCAGAGAUGUUGUGGUAACUUUUUCCUUCCGGAAGACCAAAAAGUUUAUAAAACCCAUUCCUGGCUACACGAAUGGUACGAUCUACCAACCGAUACCAAUUAUUAUGGUUAUACGUAUUGGGGUGAAUAUCCUAUUGGAUUUGCCGCUUGCCUAGGUCAAGAGGAAUGUGUAAGGUUACUAGUAGCAAAUGGAGCUGACCCUAAUCUUGUUGAUUCAAAUGGGAAUACAGUUCUUCACCUUUUAGUUAUACACGAUCAAAAGAUGAGGGAACGAGCAAUGACUGGAAAGGUAUGUAACAUAAAGUCUGUUUUGUAA